UUACAAAAAUAAAGCGAGAGCCCCAAGGGCAUUCAAAUCUCUCUCUCUCUCUCUUUCUCUAUCUCUUGUUCACUCUUUACCUUUCCAGUAUUCUUCUCCAAAAUCCGCCUGCCUUCUUCUCCGUUCCCAGUGCGAGGAGCUCGGCUAGGGUUUUUUCCCCGUCGUCCCGUCUCGAGGUCGAAGAUGAUAGACUUCGGGAGAGUGCAGAAGGAGCUCCAGGAAUGCAGCAAGGAUUCCCAAGCGUCGGGCAUCAAGGUGAGCCCUAAAGCCGACAACCUCGCCCGCCUGGUCGGCAAUCCCGGUCCGAUCGGCACCCCUUACGAAGGCGGCACUUUCCAAAUCGACAUCACUCUUCCCGAUGCAUAUCCAUUCCAGCCCCAAAUGCAGUUUGCGACCAAAGUUUGGCACCCUAAUAUCAGCAGCCAAAGUGGGGCAAUAUGUUUGGACAUCUUGAAGGACCAAUGGAGCCCAGCACUCACUUUGAAGACUGCACUUCUUUCUAUACAAGCAUUGUUGUCUGCCCCUGAACCUGAUGACCCUCAAGAUGCGGUGGUAGCACAACAGUAUCUUAAAGACUACCAGACAUUCGUUGGCACAGCACGAUAUUGGACUGAAACCUUUGCCAAGACAUCUGCCCUUGGGGUUGAAGAAAAGGUACAACGGCUGGUGGAAAUGGGCUUCCUUGAAUCUCUUGUGAGGAGUACACUGGACGCUGUUGGUGGUGAUGAGAACUUGGCUCUUGAAAACUUUGCUCUGCCUAGUGUUCGACAACUACUGAUUGUAAAGUUCCUUGCAGUGUCCAUGAUUGAGACCCAAUAGUAUAACUUGCAAAGAUUUAAUUACAUAUAGUUAACCUGCUCGGUUAAUGCAUGGUUUGGAUGCUGGGGAAUAUUGUGGUCCUCCUUAUAGACAUCAAUGCUGGAUCAAUUAGUUUUAUGACAUAAUUGGCUGACAACCUGUUACAAUAGAAGUGCAUACGGUUGAUAAUUCUGAUGAGGAGUUGGGAUCAUGAACUCCUGCUGAUGAGAAAAGGGUCUCUAUUGAAAUGGUGGAUACUUCUGUGAGUAAUUAGUAUGAUUUGCUUUGGCAAAGAAUGUGGUUAUGGAGGUGGUUCGCUAUUCACUAGUUAUUAUAAAUUUCUAAUUCUGUGCACCAA